UUAAACCGAAACACCGGAAACUCGGUGACGAGGAAGAAAGCUAGCGAUUGUUUUUGGUAGAAGUUUUACAUUCCUCGUUAUUAAGACUACGGUGUCUCAAAACCUCAAUGAUGUCGGGAUCAUCCAGCAUUGUGGCGAUAAAGAAAAUUGUUCUACAGUUACGCCUUGAAGCUGGCGUAAACAGGGUUAAGGUUUCCCAGGCCGCAGCGGACCUGCAGCAGUUUUGCCUUCAGAACGCCCAGCAGGACCCUCUGCUCACCGGCACGUCCUCCAGCAACAACCCGUUUAGACCGCAGCAAGUCUGCUCCUUCCUGUAGCACCGACCCGCUGCCUCUGUGAGUAAUUACCCUUACCAGUAAGGUUUUGGACAUCGGAACGCCUUGUUGGAACAUGGCUGCAGGACCUGCGCUGUGGACUGGAGUCAUCUCGGGUGCAUUCAGGAAUUUGUUGAUAAGCAACCGUUUUCUUUUUUUUUUUACUUUUGCCUUUGUAAAAUCGCAAAUGGAAACAUUUCCAGGUGUUUAUGUAGCAUAAAUGCAGAAGUAAUUAAUCUAUAUCAACACACAUGUUGGCCUUUUGAAUUGUAUUGUACAUUUUCCAUUCCUGAUUUUGAAAAUGAAUGGUAUUUACACAUUUUAAA